AAAAUGCGGGGGUGUAUUCAUUACGCUUUUUCUGUUGGUAAACGCUUCGUCUCUUAAGCGUUUUGUAACAGAAACCGUUUACUCCAAACAACUCUAUUUUAUUAUUAAACUGAAGUUGUUGUUCAGUCCUGUCUCUCCUAAAAAAAAUAAGCAACUGGAAGAAGUUGAAAGGAACCCUGCGGACUUCACAUGGAAGAAUCUAUCAUUUAUGCGCAGCUUGUGCCAAAAACUUCGGACUAUUCAGAUUGGAAAGGCAACGUGUGGAAACCAUACACAUAACAUGACUAGCUAUAACUUCAUUUUAAGAACCCACUUUGAAGAGCGUUUUGAGUAAAUGGUUUAUUUUGCUAAACUUUUGCAACAGAAUUGGCGUAAUGAAUACACCCUUUUUACUUCAUCCGGAAACAUGGAGGCUGUCGUCUGUGAUGUUGUUUCACCAGAGGAUCUCUUGAAAUUUGAGAAGAAGUAUUCUACAGAGUUGGCUAAAGGGAAUUUGACCAAAGACACAAAGUUUGAGUAUGCCUGGUGUCUGAUCAGGAGCAAUUUCCCGGAUGACAUCAAUAAGGGCAUCGUUCUGCUGGAUGAGCUGGUUCACAAGGGGACCAAGGAUGACCAGAGGGACUACUUGUUUUACCUGGCUAUUGGAAACUACAAACUGAAGGAGUAUGAGAGGGGCCUGAAAAGCAUCCGGAUCCUCCUGAAGAAUGAACCAGGGAACACGCAAGCUCUGGAUCUGGAGAAGCUCAUAGUGAAGGCCAUGAGGAAAGAUGGUUUGGUCGGCAUGGCGAUAGUUGGAGGGAUAGUUGGAGGAGUCGGCCUUGGCGUCGCUGGAUUGGCUGCACUCAUUGGGAUGGCUGCAUCAAAGAAGCUCUAAACUAUUUGGACAACCCUACCGCCAAACCCCUCCAGAUACCCAGAAUGCCUCAAUAUAACACUGGCUGAAUUGAGUAUAACACUCUCCUACCUACCUAUCUUUUCUUUCAAUAAAUAUAACAAUUAAUCCUCCCUUUCCAAACAAAUUAAAAGUGAAAUUAUAUUUUGUAAAAGGUAACAUUAAAGUAAAAUGUUGGGACACAACUGUUUUUGUUACUUUACUGAAAUAAUGUUAUCUUAACACUAUAUUAAUGAACAGAAGUUUAGCUAAUUUAUUCAUUACUAUUUGAGUUAUUGUAAGACAAGCCACCAUUGCUCUAUGCUGAAAAUCUAAUAAAUUCAGAUCUUCAUAUUAGGAAGGUUUUGAAUGCUUUUCUUCCACUUUCCCUAUUAUUGCCUCAGUAUCCAUACAGUUGAAGUCAGAAGUUUACAUACACUCAAUUAGUAUUUGGUUGCAUUGCCUUUUAAACAAUUUAACUUGGGUCAAAUAUUUUGGGUAGCCUUCCACAAGCUUCCCACAAUAAGUUGGGUGAAUUUUGUCCCAUUCCUCCUGACAGAGCUGUUGUAACCGAGUCUGUAACCGAGUCAGGUUUGUAAAGGCCUCCUUGCUCGCACGCUUUUUCAGUUCUGCCCACAAAUUUUCUAUAGGAUUGAGCUCAGGGCUUUGUCAUGGCCACUCUAAUACCUUUACUUUGUUGUCCUUAAGCAAUUUUGCCACAACUUUGGAAGUAUGCUUGGGGUCAUUGUCAAUUUGGAAGACCCAUUGGCGACCAAGCUUUAACUGAUUGUCUUGAGAUGUUUCUUCAAUAUAUUCACAUAACUUUCCUACCAUGAGGCCAUCUUUUUUGUGAAGUGCACCAGUCCCUCCUGCAGCAAAGCACCCCCACAACAUGAUGCUGCCACUCCCGUGGUUCACGGUUGGGAUGGUGUUCUUCGGCUUGCAAGCCUCCCCCUUUUUCCUCCAAAUAUAAAGAUGGUCAUUAUGGCCAGACCAGAGAACAUUUCUCCAAAAAGUACUAUCUUUGUCCCUAUGUACGUUGCAAACCGUAGUCUGGCUUUUUUAUGGCGUUUUUUUCAGCAGUGGUUUCUUCCUUGCUGAGCAGCCUUUCAGGUUAUGUUGAUAUAGGAGUAGUUUUUCUGUGGAUAUACAUACUUUUGUGCCCGUUUCCUCCAGCAUCUUCACAGGGUCCUUUGCUGUUGUUCUGGGAUUGAUUUGCACUUUUCGCACCAAAGUACGUUCAUCUCUAGGAAACAGAACACCUUCCUGAGCGGCAUGACGGCUGCAUGGUCCCGUGGUGUUUAUACUUGCAUACCUUCAUGCCUUGGUACCUUCAGGCAUUUGGAAAUUGCUCCCAAAAAUGAACCAGACUUGUGGAGGUCCACAAUUGUUUUUCUGAGGUCUUAGCUGAUUUAUUUGGAUGUUUCCAUGAUGUCAAGCAAAGAGGCACUGAGUUUGAAGGUAGGCCUUGAACUUCAUCUACAGGUACACCUCCAAUUGACUCACAUUAUGUCAAUUAGCCUAUCAGAAGCUUCUAAAGUCGUGACAUAAUUUGCUCGAAUUUUCCAAGCUGUUUAAAGGCACAGUCAACUUAGUGUAUGUACACUUAUGACCCACUGGAAUUGUGAUACAGUGUGUUAUAAGUGAAAUAAUCUGUCAACAAUUGUUGGAAAAAUUACUUGUCAUCCACAAAGUAGAUGUCCAAGUCCUACUGACUUGCCAAAACUAUAGUUUGUUUAGACAUUUGUGGAGUGGUUGAAAAUGAGUUUUAAUGACUCCAACCUAAGUGUGUUAUCUUCUGAUUUCAACUGUACAUGCUUUGAUAACUAAAUCUCUGUGUAAUAGGAAUGUUUAGAUUUGAUGAAGGAAAUGCAUACAUAAAGGAUAUUGUUAUGUGUUGAACUGUUUCAGUAAGUUUGUUGGUAUCUUGUUCUGCUUCUCAACAGUUUAUCAGAUGAAGACCCAUGCAUCUAGCCUGGACCCAGAUGUUUGUAUUGCAUAUGGUUGCUGUCAGCUAUACAUUAUGGCUACAUUGCACAAAGAGAUCUGGGAUGAGGCUACAGUGAGUGCAGUCACUUGUUGAGGUUUUGUCAUGUGCUACUGGUGUUAGGCUGUAGAUAAGGGACUUUCAGAUGGACUGUGGGGAUACCCUUACUUGUCAGUGGGUUUGUAGUUGACUAGAAGGCCGUUUUGAUGCUAGUUGAACACAUCCUUUGGAUAAAAGUUCUCGUUCUGCAGUAUUUCUUUGAUUUUGCUCAGUUUUACCAACCCGCAAGACCAGAAUGUAACUAGGUGUGAGUGCAGAGCUGCUGAUUACACUGAAAGUGACAGUCACAUUAUUGUACAAUAAAACAUAUAUUAGAUUUGAGCAAGUAUGGAAUCCGUUGGAAUGUUUGCAGUCAAGGCACUGUAGCAGUAUAACUGAGUGAUGUUUUCUUUCUGCUUAUUGAUUUUUGUUUGUUGUAGUGCCUAAUAAAAGGCAUUCUGCCAAAUAUAAAAAAAUAUAUGGGUAUUGUAAAUAAAGACAAGGUUGUAAUGAAAUUACACAACUCCCUUCAUUUUUUGGUAACAAUGAGGAUUGAAUUAAAUUAAACCCACAAUGUGGAACUAAACCAAUGCUAGAUAAAAAUAAUUUCUACCAUAACCUUUUAUUUUGAAAUUCAGGGACAUGUAUUUGACUCUCAAAACACACCAGAAUGUUCUCUGGAAGGAAGGUAUACCUUUGUUUCUGGAAUUGUGUGUUCAAAUAUGGAGGGGGUAAACAAAUGUUGGUAUAAUGGCAUAUUAUAAUUACCAAAGUCAUUUUAUUUGCACACCACAGAUAAUGACAGAAGAUCAGUGAUCGUUCAUUUUGGUGGUGGAUGAAGGGAUAAUUGUAUAGACUAGAGGCCUUGUUAGACAUUACCAACAGUGCUUUUUUAAAUUUAACCAGGCGAGUCAGUCAAGAACAAAUUCCUAUGUACAAUGAUGGCCUAGGAACAGUGGGUUAACUGCCUUGUUCAGUGGCAGAACAGCAGAUUUUUAUCUUGUCAGCUCGGGGAUUCGAUCUAGCAAACUUUUGGUGACUGGCCCAACACUCUAACCACUAGGCUACCUGCCGCCCCCAGACUUCUGGAUUCAUUUUCCAACAUCCUGAUUCCUGAUUGGAAUAAAAUGUGUAGUUUGUAGUUAAAUUGGUGCGGGGGUCAUUGUUAGGAGUCACGCAGUAAAGGGUUAAUUUGAAAUCACAUUCCAUGUCUGUGUGUGUGAGUAUGCAUGUGUUUGCCUAUCAAUCAUGUUUAUUGACUGGACCAAGGUUUAAGGCAGCAACUCCACCAAAACUCUAGGCAAUACACAAACACUGUGUCAUGCCCUGGUCUUAGUAUUUUGUGUUUUCUUUAUUUAUUUGGUCAGGCCAGGGUGUGACAUGGGUUUUCGUAUUUGGUGUGUUUUGUCUUGGUUUUUCAUAGGUAUUGGGAUUGUGGCUUAGUGGGGUUUGCUAGCAAAGUCUGAAGUGGUUCUCAAUCAGAGGCAGGUGUUUAUCGUUGUCUCUGAUUGUGAACCAUAUUUAGGCAGCCAUAUUCUUUGAGUGUGUUGUGGGUGAUUGUCCUUGUUUUGGUCUCUGUUACUUUGCACCAGUAUAGGCUGUUUCGGUUUUUGUGUUACAUUUCUUGUUUUGUAGUAUUCGUGUUGCCUUUGUUUUAUUAAAACAUGAAUCUCAAUAGCCA